ACGUAUCGAUCAAACAAUAGCGUCACAAUAAUAUUGCAUUGGCAUCAUUUAAAAAAAAAACGUCAACUGGCUUGAAUUUAUUAGCUGAUUUUCGCUGCAUUUCGCAGAAUGAAGCAGGUUUUCAUUCUCGCAAAUCAUUCGGAAAAUUGUGACAGGGUAAUGCAACUUUUCCAGAUUUCAACGUCACGCUCUUCAUGACCGAUUGCGACUGUAACGAAACUAGAAUAAAAUGGGCUUAGAUCGUAGCCAUCGAUUAAACAACCCGUCUACUGUGUGUGACUAAAACCUAGGAAACUUUGGAUGUCUAAGGUUUGUUACCUAGUUGACAAAGAGACGUGAACCCUUUGUGUCUUGUCCAUUUCGUUGUGGGGGCUGGCAUUUUGGUAUGAAGGACGACCCUCCCAUCUCGUCUUCAUCGCCCAGGACAACGACACCGUCCGAUCUAGUGGAACGUUGGGUUCAUCUUCAGCGGGAGAUGAAUCACACUUCGACGUCUGAAUCUUCGCCAGUUCAUCGAAUUCGGCCAAUCGUCAAAUCCUCUUCACGGCGGACCAGAAGCGCCAUUAGUUCCUAUCGUCAGCCAGUCGAGAGUUUGACAGUUAGUUUUGCUUCGUUACUUGUCGACCAGAUCAACGGCACACCGUCGAAACCGACAUCUGCAACCUACAACAGCAAGAGGGGUAAGAAUAAUAAGAAGAAAAUCAAGAAAAAAUCUCAAACAACAACUCCAGCAGUCAAAAUCACAAUCCGUAAUAAUAAACCUGUCAACGAGAUUGAUCACGUGGAAGAGUGGCUUCAACAGCGAAGUGCUCAUUACGCCUGGUGGCGUAAAUUUGUUCCGUCUAGUACCUGCAAUCCGACGGUAGUGGCCUUCAAUCGUCCAAGCACAUAUCCGGACCGGAAACACUUGAAUGUUAAUCAUUCACAACCUAAGCAACCUAAAGCUCCUAGAUGUGUUUUGUGGUUUCAGUUCACCGGUAAUCCAUCCAAGCCACGACCAGGAAGUUGCAAUAAGACGGCCAUCCCAUCCGCCAGCAGCCGGAUGCAUAACAUCCGAAUAGAACAGCAACCACUAGGUGGCGCAAACGCUCUCGUGUUUGCAGCAGAUUUACAUAUUGGAGAAGAUUUUGCCAUCGUAUCCCGACGUCAGCCGGGAUUCACUUUUAGUCUGACCUUCUUCAUUGAUGGCGUUCGGCAUGCCCGGCUAAGUGGCUGCUGUGAAAAUGCUCGUAAUCUUCACGUUCCGACAAGAGUUGGUGGUCCCAUUGGAGCUUUCGUUUUGCGGACUAUUCAAGGAGGAGAACCGUGCCAAAUUUGUGAAAAAUCUGUUCCUUUUGCCGAUCCUGAACUGUUCACUGUCUGGCCGAAAAGUCAUAGCAGACAGUUAAUGAACAGUAGCCAAGAAUGUGGAAUAGGUUCACCAAUUUUUCAAUUAUUUUUGUGCUUCUUCAUCUUUAAAGUAUUCCAUUUAACAGAGAGGAUCCAUGAGAAUCAUAAUCAGCCAACAAGGAGGAGUUCUUUAAGACGGACAAAACCAGCACUCGACAAUUCACCAGUAACGAUGACCACAGUUUCUAACCAGUCUGUGGACGAUGAGCAGCCAUCUUCUGAUGUCUUGGGUCCUGGUUUUACAUCCACUGAAGACACGUAUGAAGAGCAGUUCUAUUCAGAUGUAAUUGCACCUUCCAUCGAAGGACAGGAACAACAUUCUUACGAAUUCACAGCGACUUGUUCCCAAUCUGAAGUGUACGAGGAGCAAGUAUCAUCCGAUCUCUUCAUUCCAUUCGGUUCUGUUUCUAUUGAAGAAGUUUUCAGCAUUGGUAGCCCUCUACGAACACCCCGUUCCAGUCCGAGAAGCUUCACUGCACUUGAAGCAGACUAAAGAAUUUUUUAUUUUAUUUCUUCGAUGCGUACAAACUUGGUUUGUUUCGGCACUCGUGGUUAAUGUUUUCAACGUAGACGUUGUAUUCGAUAUUCUGUACAAUAGGGUGAAGGAAUAAAGGUCCGAUCUUAGUUAGAUAA